CGUGUCCGUGCAGCAGGAGAAGAAGCAAGCCGAGGAGUCCGGUGCGGUUUUGGCUGCUUUGCUUCCGACGCGCGUCGCCUCCCUCCCUCGGAAUCGGAUCCCCCAUCGCCAUGGCGGCGCCGCCUUCUGCUCCGUCCCCCUCCCCGUCCGGAGAGAUCGCCGUCCACAGAUUCAGCGCCGCCGACGCAUCAUCAUCGCCCUCAAGAACCGAGUUGCUGAGUAUGGUGAAGAAACACUCACAUUUGAUUGGGUGGACGAUUGUUGACGCCGAAGAUGACGCCGAAGAUGCGGGGAUGGAUGAUAAAUUCUGGCACGAAAUGCUUGAUCUUUUCUUUGUGCAUGGCGGGGUAUCAAACAGAAGGGAAGAGGACGACCUCGUCUUCUUUGUUAAUAAUAUGAAAUUGCAUGGUUAUGGCUUCAAUGAUAACAUGGAAGAUCCACCCCCCUUUUUUGUGAGGAGAUGGGCUCCCACGCUUGAAAAGGUCAUCAAUGUUAAUACAGUGGAGGUUGAUUGGGAACGUUCCUUCUAUUUGAAUUUAAUCGCCCAUACUUCAUACACUGUUACAGUAGCAAUAUUUGGCAUUGGAGAUCUUCGCAAUCGUGCAGAGAAAAGGAAGCAGUUUUCUCCAGUAUAUAAGGUUACAAAAACUGUAUAUGCAUCCCCUAGCCGUGUAAAUUUUCGUCUUGACCGAAGAAAGGCUGUAGAAACGGUACCUGCAUACCCCAACAUUUGUUUCUCAGUGGAUGAUUUUGAUGAUACUUUUGAUGCUGUGGUUUUGUCAGAUCCUGAACACUGCUAUUGUGUGAUUCUCAAUGCACAUGAUGGGGCAGCAUUUCCCGAAGAAACUGAGUCCAAGAAUACUAAUUCAAAUAUACAGCCUGGAGUCAACUCUGGGAGUAACCAAGAAAAACCACCAAAGAGAACUCUCUUCUCAGGUUAUGUGAGCUACCAAAACGUUCGUGAGGCUUAUGAUGCAGGCAGAUCAAAAUUUGGGAGCUUCCUCUCACUUGGGCAUGAUCACACUAAACUGGAUAGACUUUGUAUGAGGGGCCCUGAAGGACGUGGAGAAGUGGAAGUGGCUGUUUCCGGCAUUGCAGAUCAGAGCCAUGAGAAGUCGAAGAAAGAUCCAGGAGAUAGCUUUCAGGUUCUUGUUCACAGGGCAGCUUCUGCUGCAUCAAAGCUAGCAAAGCAUGCUUACGAGCCUUUAUCUGCUAACAAACGAAUGGAUGAUGAGCUUGUGCCUCUGAAGUGUUGCUUGAUGUCUGUAUCUCUUCCUUGGGACUGCAUUGCUCAUGACCUUCUGCACAAGGAAACACCUCCUUUGGACCUCUGAGACCGCAAUUCCUGACCUUCACUUCUAGUCAAAGGAGGGCCUAUGUUAUAGAAUCUGGACUUGAUGAUAUCUAAGAAAAAGAAUCGAAGCGGAAGUGAGAUGUAUAUGUGUACUUGUAGAAUAAAGCUGUAGGUGUAGGGUUUGCAUUUCUCUUUGUGCACAGACAAUCAUAGAAUGUAAAUAUCCAGUGUUGUUUUGUUUAUUCGUUGUCAGUUCUUUAUAGCGUGUUUUACAGAACUUUACUGUUUUCCUGAAUUGACAAGUUAUGUCUAAGCCUAGCAGCAAAGCUGUAAAUCCGCUCCAGUCAAGUAAAUUGUGAAGCUCGGUUGGGUUGUGUGGUCAUCUAAGCUGGUGUAUGUACUUUGAUCUUCUAUUUGCUCUGAUGCGAAGUAGCUACUACCAUAUUCAUAUCUGGAUUUAGUUUGGCCAU